ACAUUUCUAGUGGCACGAGGUAUUUGCAAACAGCACAACAUUGUGUGAUUAGCUACGAGCUAGCUAGCUAACAAGCUGGCUAAGGUAGAAAUGUCUGAGCUGCUAGCCAACACUGUGUUGUAUUUACCCAAGUUAGCAGGACUAGGUAGCUAACGUUAGCUAGCAACAAAUAUUUGGAAAAGCUAGGCACCUGCCGACACCUAGCUAGCUAACUGUUUGUUAGGAACACAGCUGACUGUGAAGAUUACUAAUAAGCUAGCUGAGGCUGAAGACAUGACUGAUGCUAAACAUAUAAUUAUCAAGCUAGCCGAGUCAAAUUCAUCUUUGCCCUAAAUAUAACACUAAUAGGUAGCUAGCACGAAAUGUGAGUGUUCUUUGCUAGAUUUUCACAUUCUUGCAAUGAUAUAAUGCAUUGUAUGCUCUCUGGGCUUAUAAUGCAUUAUAUGUAUUAUCAGGAUGGAUAAGUACUUAUGAACAAUUAGUAAGUAUGAUACAACUCUUUGUAUUAUAAGACAUUACAUAUGCACUUAUAAGGCAUUAUAUGUAUGCCUCAUAUAAAAUAUUAACAAAUAUGUUUUUACACAAAUGAUGUCUACCAAAACAAUAAACUAUUUUUUAAAUUUAAUAAACACAUUUUCAAAUGUCAGUCAGAUCACUCAAUCAAAUCUAAAUGAUUUCAAUCAAUGGGGGUGACUGGAAUACAGUGACUAAAGGAAUAGUACAUACCUGGCAUAAUCAGGAAGUGAGGCAUGUCCAGGAAGAAGGAAAGUGGAUCCUGAGGAGAAUAACAAGCUCACCUUGCCUGAAACACUACCUUACUGUUGCUUGACAUCAAAUUUGGAUAAAAGAAACACACACUUUAAACUAACUACAAUUUGUAAAGGCUCUAUAGGGCAUUCAUAGCCUUUAUAAGAAUUACACAAGUGCUUCACAAAUUAUCCAUAAGCUCCCGAGGGGUGCAGCAGUCUAAGGCACUGCAUCUCAGUGCUAAAGGCGUCACUACAGACCCUGGUUCGAUUCCAGGCUGUUUCACAACCGUCCGUGAUUGAGAGUCCCAUAGGGCGGCACACAAUUGGCCCAGCGUUGUUAGGGUUUGGGGAUUCAAUAGCAAGGUCAGAUUCAAAUGGAUAUAUAUAUAUAUACAGUAUGUGACAGUGACAACAAUGGAUAUUUCUCAAUAUGCAUACUACCGUGCUCUGAGCAUGCAAAUUGGAGCACACAACGGUUGGAGUGUGAGUCCAAAUCAGAGUAUGUGAAAGGGGAAUGGACUAUGGCUGCGAGGGGUUUUGAGGUUAAGUCAGGAGGAGGCCACCCACACUGUUCAUUGGUAAGACAACAGACAAUGGAUAAUGGACUCCAGGCUGUUUGGCAACAAGGACGAAGUGGGCUGAUGCAGAAAUAGGCAUGAAGUCUAUAUAGACCACUACACCAAGUACUGCUUUUGUUUGACUAUUGGUCAUUUUUGACCAAUUUGUAUUUAUAAAUACAUUUCUGUUCAGAAUUAAAAUAUCAAUUGAACUGAUUUCCAAUCAAAGCUCAAGACUGCAAAUUGGUUUUCCAUUUCACUCAGGGAACUAGAGAUUCACUGAAAACAAACGCCAGCCAUAACGUUGUCUACCUGUACAUUACUCGUGCAAUAUUUACAGGAAACAUGUUAAUUUAGCCUGUUUUCACUUUGAAAUUAAAAACAUAAUCCCAGUCAAUCAAUCACUUAUCACUGAAUAUCUAAAGAUCAAAUAUUGUUUUCAGUGAUUUCUCUGACAGGACAUGUCACUGCGUUAAAUUGAGAGGCAAUGUACAGUACUAUACAUUACCGGCCUCUCAUAACAAGAAGUUUGCUCUCUCAUAUCACUCACUCAUUAUGAUGUGCAUAAUGUUAUGUUAUUAUAAUAAUAUUAUACAGUAGAUGGGUGCCCUUUGAGGUAAAUGAUCAUAUUUGGACCAGAGAAUUUUUUUUUUUUCUCUCUGUCAUUCAAACAGCAACAAUCCAAAAAUGGACCCCACCAUGCACACAAUGGGGAGUAAUAAAGGAUUUAGCUGGAAACCAUUGUGUAAAGGGGCCCCUAUGCCAUUAUGCCAACUCAGGACUUUUCACAAUGGAGCUGGGGGUUCUUUUGACGUUAAGCCAGGUAUAAAAGUACCCAAGGACGGAGAAUACGCUAUACAUCUUCAGAUCAAGUAUCUGUAGGCUACCCAAACAAGAGUCACCAUGACCAUGGGAAAGAUUACCUUCUACGAGGACAGGAACUUCCAGGGCCGUUCCUAUGAGACCAGCUCAGACUGCCCUGAGUUGACCUCCUACCUGAGCAGGUGCAACUCCUGCAGGGUGGAGAGCGGCUGCUUCAUGGUGUACGACCGCUCCAACUUCCAGGGAAACCAGUACUUUGUGAGGAGAGGAGAGUAUGGUGACCACCAGCGUAUGGGCAUGUCUGACUGCAUUAGGUCCUGCCGAAACAUCCCCAUGCACAGCGGCCAGUUCAGGAUGAGGAUCUACGAGAGGGAAAACUUCGGAGGUCAGAUGCACGAGAUGAUGGACGACUGUGAGAACAUGAUGGACCGUUACCGCAUGUCCGACUGCCAGUCCUGCAAUGUGAUGGACGGCCACUGGCUCAUGUACGAGCAGCCCAACUACAAAGGCAGGCAGAUGUACCUGAGGCCUGCAGAGUACAGAAACUUCAGCAACAUGGGAGGAAGCAUGGGCAACAUGAAAUGGCAGUCUAUGAGGCGUAUCAUGGAUUCUUGUUAAUUCACUGUUUGAUGUGACUAUUAGGUUUAUAAUAAAGGCUUGUAUAAAAGCAUCUGUCAUGACGUGACGUUGGAAUGAUUAAUUGUUUAUAAUUACGUGAUUAAAUGAAUCAGGUAAUUAUUAAGUCAUUAACCUGGGGCACCAUGGGAAA